CUGCAAGACGGUGAAGACUGGCUCGAAAGAGUCGUCGAGUCAAAGAGGCAGAAGUCAAAGAUCUACCAAUGCCAUCUUUUCGCAGGGGAAGGUCCUCAGGUUCGACUCUCCGUUCUCCGGCCUUUGUUUGAAGGUUGAUGAACUGAUUUGUGGGGAUCCCAAGGAAAUAGAGAAGGACGCGUGGUGCCUUGAUCUGUGAUCUACUUGGACCACAAUUGCAAGCCAACGUUGUGUGUGGAUCUUUCUGGAUCGCACUUGCAGAACAACGUGGGCCACCCGCCGCUUCAGCUUCUUGACCGGUUAGGGUGGGACAAAGAUGGCAUGGAGUCAACAGACGGCGAUGCGACCAAGAUUGAGCAAUUUGCAACUGAGUGGGUGGGCGAAUAGCACUACUGCUGAUCUACGUCCAACCUUUGGGUUGCCACAAGCAGGCCAUCUUGACGCAGCUAAGAGCAGACUACCAAGGCGCUGUUGCAAGCAAUUAGUAGCUCGGGGCAGCUUGCCAUCUGGUACGCCUGAGCCCCCUCUCUCAAGGGCCCUUGUAGCCGGAAAUUCACGAACGUGGACGAAUCCUGGGUGGCGUACUCCAGCACAUUUGCAGAAACUGAUGUACAAGCAAGCCCCUCCCAUGGCAGCAAUGCCAGCCCCUGCUGCCGAGCGUGAGGCGCCAAAAGACACACAGCAAGCCUUGCAGGCUGAUGCAACGGCAGCCGCUGCUGCGGCUGGGAGCAAGAAGGAUGAUGCAGCAAAGACGGACGAGUACUCGAAAACGAUGCAGCAGACCAUGGGGACUGCACUUACUUACCGGCACGAGUUGGGGAUGAAUUUUGCACACGUGUUGCCCGACCUCAUCGUCGGAUCUUGCCUUCAGAAACCGGCGGAUGUUGACCGGCUGGUGGAGGAAGAAAACGUCGGAGCGAUCAUCUGCUUACAGCAGGACCCCGACCUGGCCUAUUUCAGCCUGGAUUUGGGGGCCAUUCAGCGGCGCUGCGCAGAACGAAAGGACGUCGAGCACAUCCGAUCGCCUAUCAGGGACUUCGACCCGUUCGACUUGCGGAUGUGCUUGCCAGACGCGGUGCAGACCGUUCACGAGGCGUUUGAACGGUGCAAAGGAAAGACCGUGUACAUCCACUGUACUGCGGGGCUCGGCCGGGCACCCGGAGUGGCUCUCGCUUACAUGCAUUGGCUCCGCGGCUUCACUCUCGCUGAGGCCAACGCGCGGCUGCAAGAAGUGCGACCAUGCCACCCGAAGCUCGAGUCCAUCCGGGCCGCGACGUGCGACGUCAUUUCGGGGGGGUCGAAGGAGCCCGUGACGAUAGUCUGGCGGUCGGGGGGCGUGCCGAAAACGGUCGAGGUGGCGGGACUCGACGUCGGCUGGGGGGGGCGGCUGCAGCUGGAAAGGAAGGACGGGCGAUGGAUCCUGGAGCGGUUGCUGCCCGCGGGGCGGUACCAAUACAAGUUCAUUGUGGACGGCCACUGGACGUACAACCCGGACAGCCCCCUGACACGGCCGGACAACAUGGGCAAUGUCAACAAUUUCGUCCAGGUUGUUGGCGACAGCACUCGGUCAGAAGCAUGGCUUCUAAGGGAGCGGCUGAUUAAAGAAGAACCUACCGAGGAAGACCGCCAGAUACUUCUUGAGAAGCUUUUUGCGAAGGAUAGGCGCCGCAAUGAACCAUGCCACGUUUGCCCAUAGCCCAAGCUUUACUGCGUUGGUGCGUCAAUGAGAACGUUGCGGGGUGAUAGGCUCUCAUGUAUUGAUCUAAUAUAACCAAAUACUUUGAUUGUACAGACACGCGCCUGACUGCUGCUACACAUCAGCUGAGGCCUUCAGACGUCAUUUGCAUGUUACACCUAGUGUGUUUAUGCUGGUUGUUCAAAAGUGGGAAAGCUGUUUUGAGCGAGCUUUCGACUUCAAGGUUCGGAGAGGGCAGGACGUCGCUAUCAUAAUGCGAUACUAGGUAGUACAAUGUAGCCUGGUGAGCGCGCAUUGUAUGAUGCAAAUCGACUACAUAAACUGACGCACAUGCAUCGAACAUUGUCUUUUAAUGUCUCUUGGAC